AUGAACGCUGACUUAGACUCAAAGAAUAUCCCGAGAGUCAAGAGAACCGGUAAAGCUAAGACAUACCACUGACUCUUUGUGAGCUGAAUAAUCGGAGGAAUUAUUGCAUUAUUUGCUGCUAUCUUUAUGCCAAUUGCAAUCAAUGCAGGACUUGGCAAGAAGAUUGAUGCAAAAAUCUUGCUGAAAGAAAGUGAAAUAGAGUACUGGGGACAUACUCCAGGAAACUAUAACAUUGACUCCACUGAGAACUACAAAGUGUUCGGGUACCCAACCAAGGAGGUAACUGAUCUCCUUUCUGUUGAGACCGCUGGCGAUCACUCUUUCAAUGUAGAGAAGAAAUACGAGAAAAUUAGCUAUAGUGUUAUUGAAGAUACUAUUACUUUUGAACAAACCCAAGAAUUAAAAGAGAAGGACAAGAAAGUUAAUGAAGCUGCUCCUUAUCUCUUGAAUCUUGGAGCCUUCUCUACUAAUUAUUUGCUCUCUGAUAAAGAGAACUUUAAGGAAAUCUAUUCUCUACUGAAGGACAGCGCUGAACAGAUGAUUGAAAAUCUUGUCCCUUAUGUCUUCUCAAUGAAUGCUUACUACACUGCUAUGAAUGACAAGAAUAUUGUGACUAAAAGUGUCCUUGCGGGUAUUAAGAAUUCUGAAGCUAUAUUUUCAGAUGAAGAAAUGGGAUUUGGUUCCAUCAAAAGUCUUUCUAAAUGGAUUAGAGCUAUCGAAGGAGGAGCCACUUCAGAUAUGUAUAAGUCUCUGCAAAGCCACUUUAGCCUUAAAGAUGCUCAGAUGGAUCAAAUAGUAGGCACUAAAUCAUUCUUGAAAGCAUUAUAUUCUGCAACACAAGUUAGUUUCGCUCUUCAGUACAACUGUAGAAAAGCUUGCGAUAAUACCACAAUGUUUGCCAUCCAAUGGUCAAGCCAAAAUGUCACCAACCUUCAAGAUACCUUUAUCUCUCCAAAGGUGAAAGCUGUUGAAUCCCUAUAUGACCUUGAUAACUCUCUUUUCGGAGCAAGACCAGAAUUUUCAUAUGCUUUAGCUAAAAACAACAUUAGUGCUGAGGCCUUAAACCUAACUCAGGCACUUAGACUUGCAUCUAUCGCCUCAUUUGACGACUCUGCUUCCAUCUUCAACCCAACUAAUCUCUACUUGUUCUUCAGUUCUUACUUGACAGAAAGUUAUGAUAACAUCAAAAUCAAAUUCAAGCUGGUCUCUAACGAGCAAUGUGAUGCUAUUUAUAAGUACUUGAUCGACUACGUUAUCCCUAAGCUUGGAAAUUAUGAAGAUAAAAAGGGCACCAAGCAGCACAAAUCCUUUGCAAACCUGGUCACUCAUGCUAUUCAGAAGACAGAACAAAAUCUAGGUGAAUUCUUGUAUUAUGAACUCUUCUCAAGGUACAUCGGAGCUGCUCUAAUUAAAGAUAAAAAGAAAUGUACAGACUUUGUGUCAAAAGGAGUAGAAAAGGAAAGGGCUGAAGCUGCCUGUGCUAAAGUUCCAUUUGAUAAGUAUGAAGGAACUACUCUGUGGUCCAAGGCUUUCAUGCUAGGACCAGAAAGUGAUCUUUUCCAACAUCUUUCGCAAGUAACAAAUCUUACAACAGAAGAGUUAGAGAAAGUGUUCAGUACCUCCUCUUCGAAGAAUUAUGGAGGUUAUGCUAAUAGUGUGAUUCAGGAUAUCUCCAAACAACUCAAAUGCUCGAAUAAACCUUGCAGCAAAGAAGAGCUUGCUCAUAGACAAUUCAUGUCUGCAGGAAUUACUUCUAAGAUAGUCAAAUACGGUGGUGUCACUGACUUCUUACAAGAGGCUGAGUCUGUCAAAGAUUGGAACUAUGACAAAGAAGUUGCCAUGGAAUACCCAUACUUAGCUAAGAACAAAUGCGAACAAGAGGAAGGCAUCAGCGAGGAAACAUAUAAGCUUCUGACAAGUGGAGAUCACAGUCUUACUCUUUACAAAAAUGCUAUUAAUUUUGUGAUAGAUGUUGAUCAAGGAGUAAACCUCUCUAAUUACACUGAGAUGUAUAAGACUGAUGCUGCCAAAUUAUUCUGUACGAUGAGAUAUAUGGUCCAAGAUUCUCUUCUAGGAGGUAUCUUAAUCAGAAAGGACUCUCUUGAUUUCAUUAACGGCUAUGAAGAUGAUAUUCUCUCUAUCCUUAGAGAAGGAGAUUUUAGUAAAGGUAGUGAUCCAUCAGUACAAACUCAUGUUUCGAUUAAUGAUGUGUACUACAACAGAACAUUGAUUGAAGAUGUCACUCUCGAGUUAUUUACAGGAAAUAGACAUCCAGAGAAGGUCAAGUCUGCUAGAUCCAUUAAUGGAGGUGUCUAUAUUAACAACGUCAUUCCUUAUUUUAACGGAACUAAUAUCACCUAUGGUAAUCUGAAUCCAUACCAGACAAACAUUAGGCUUGAAGGAACGGAUGGACUUCAGUUUGGUAAGAAUCUUGGAAAAGGUAGCAAACCUAAAUACUUUGAUGUUAAGAAGAUUCAGGAUGUCCAAUACAAAUAUGUGGAUACUAAAUCCUUCGAUGAUAUCAAUACUCUCAAAUAUGAUCUUGACCAAGACUCUCUUCAAGUGUCUCAUGAAGAUAACGAGGAUAGACUUUUCAACUACAAUGGUAUUUAUAAUAUUUCUCACACUUUCAAACUCCCCCUUGGAUCCUCAGCUGGAUAUUUCAAGGGAGUCGAAGGCAGCACCUAUGGAAGCGUAAAAAUUGAUGGAAAGGAACCCUCUUCAAUGCAUGGAAAUGUUGAAAAUUUCUUCUCUAUUGAGCCAGUUUCUGGAUUUACUAUUGAUUCAAAGAGAAACGAAAUGUUAGCUAUUGAUGUGCAUGAGAAAUAUCUGACCUUCCCUGAUCUUGAUAAAGUGACCGGUUUCAUUCCAUUAAUGAAUUCCCAAGCAGAAGUGAAGAUAAAUGAGCAAGUAUUCUUGAAUAAAUAUGGAUUUGUCAACUCUUAUGUAAAUGGAGCCUUCUAUUUCAGAGUUAUUGGGUUCCCUCUAGCUGGUUUGCUCUUACUCGCUGCUGGAGCCUUCUUCUUCCUCUAUACUCGUUAUAGAGAAAAGAAUGAAAGCUAUAGCGUGAUGAGUGAUAGUAGCUUCAAGAAUGAGCAAGAGAGACUGGUUGAGCAUACAGACAAAAAUCCAGAAAUCAAAGAAAGAUAUGAAGAGACUAAGGAUAUUCAAGAUUCUACCAGAUUAGAUAUGCUCGAUGAGGAUGAAGGUAGCCCAUAAACUAUACCUACUUCUCACUCACUUCAAUUUGUGAAUACUUUAUCCAACGUU